AUGCUUUUUUUCAAGCCCGUGAUAGCGGUACUGUAUCACUUUAUUCUUGUAUCACAAGCCCUUGCGUCAAAAUGCUGGCAGAACACAGCCUGCACUGGACCGAAAGAGCCUUCCUUUCUAGGACCGUGGGAAGCAAACGUUCUAUCCCCUGCCUCACGCACGGUAUCACCAGUCAGUGUCCUCGACAACAACCACCAAUUUCUUUCGACGUACCCUGCAAAGGUUUACCUGGGUGGUAAUGGGUCCCUUUUUGUCUUCGACUUCGGUCAGGAAGUUGGUGGAAUUGUCAAUGUCAAUUACACAGCAUCUGGAGAGGGUUCUCUAGGCCUCGCAUUUUCCGAAUCCAAAAACUUUACUGGCUACACAUCGGAUGAAUCCAAUGGUGGCAGCGGCCCGGAUGGUGCCUUAUAUGUUAAUAUCACAUCUGAAUCCCUGGAAAAUGGCAGUUACACUAUGCCAUUAAACAAACUACGCGGAGGCUUCCGAUACUUGAGCCUGUAUACCUUGACCGACAAUUCAACAAUCAGUGUUGAAAUCGACACAGUGGAGCUCGAGAUAUCGUUCCAACCUACCUGGGAGGAUCUCAGGGCCUAUGGUGGCUAUUUUGAUUCCAAUGAUCAAUUAUUGAAUCGGAUCUGGUAUGCUUCUGCGUAUACCGUACAGACUAACAUAGUGCCACCAAGUACUGGACGCGUAUGGCCUGCUCCAACAGAAGGAUGGAGUAAUGAUGCAAUAAUAGGAAACGGCACCGGUAUUUUAGUCGAUGGCGCCAAGCGUGAUCGCGCUGUGUGGGCAGGGGAUCUGGGCAUAUCCAUUCCCAGUGUUCUCGUAAGCAUAGGGGAUGCCGAUAGUGCUAAAAGUGCGCUCGACGUUCAAUACGCCCAUCAACAACCUUAUUCACAGAAGGAAAAUACUGGAGAGCUCCCAGAAGUCGGACCACCCAUUAGCUUCUACGGCUCAGACACCUACCACAUGACCACAAUGAUUGCAACAUAUGACUAUGUUCUCUACAGCAAUGACCUAAAAUGGCUCCGGUCCAUCUGGGCAGGAUAUCAGAACGCAAUGGUAUACAUUACGAGUAAAAUCGACGAUACGACUGGAUUGCUGAAUGUGACCGGAGCCUCGGGCUGGGGUCGUUCUGCUACGGAUGAAGGCUAUAGCACAAUUGGGAAUAUGCUGCUUUACAGAGCUCUAAUUUCUGGUUCUGAAUUGGCUAAUUGGCUUGAUCAACCGUCUCUGGCAACCUCAUGGCAAGAAUUAGCUUCGAUAUUAAAGGUUGCAGUGAAUAGUCCAGACAACAAUUGGGACCCAACCGCCGGAGCGUUCAAAAAUACGGCCACAGAUGACAGCAUCUUCCCCGAAGAUGGGAAUAGCAUGGCUCUGUACUUCGAUGGUGCGAACUCAUCCUACGCAGCAAGAAUCAGCAAGCAGCUCACCACGAACUGGGGUCCAAUUGGAGCCGUAACACCAGAGUUGCCAGGAAACAUCGUACCAUUCGUGGAGAGCUACGAGAUCAAAGGCCACCUCGCUAUCCGAGAGACUCAACGUGCCUUGGACUUAAUGCGCCUUAGCUGGGGUUGGUACGUAAGCAACCCUUACGGGACGGAGAGUACAAUGAUCGAAGGGUACUACGAGGACGGUUCCUUCAGAUAUGCCAACGAUGGAUACGACAAUGCGGGUUCGUACCCGUCUCACUCCCAUGCUUGGAGCAGUGGCCCUGUCGAUUCUUUGAUUUCUUAUGUCGUGGGUAUGCGUCCAACCGCACCAGGAGGUGCCCAGUGGGCUCUUGCACCGCAGUUUGGCGACUUAUCAAGGGCCGAGGGAGGUUUUACAACGCCACUAGGGAAAUACUCAGCGAGAUGGAUUCUGAAUAGAAGUGGGUACACACUAGAAUAUGAUGUUCCCACCAAUAGCAAUGGGAUUUUGAUGCUUCCGUCGCGGUCAAAACUGCCAAAGAUCGAAUGGGAUGGCAUACCACAGAGUCAAGGCACGUUUAACAGUUCCACUGGGUUGACUGAAAUAUAUGGUCCAGGAGGGAAGCAUAGACUAAGUGUUGUGUUCUCAUAA